CUUUAAAUGGCGCAUGCGCGGCGGGCGGAGCCUGCGGAAGUCCUGACGGGAAGGUCUUUUUGUUUGGGCCGCUCAGAGACGCGACACUUUGCUUCCAUUCCCCGGGUUCACAACCGUUUUUUAUCUGCAUUAAUUUCGGGUGUCUUUUAUGAAUAAUCAAAAGCAGCAAAAGCCAACGCUAACCGGCCAGCGUUUCAAAACUAGGAAAAGAGAUGAAAAGGAGAGAUUUGACCCUACUCAGUUUCAAGAAAGUAUCGUACAAGGCUUGAAUCAAACUGGCACUGAUUUGGAAGCGGUCGCAAAGUUCCUUGAUGCCUCUGGCGCCAAGCUUGACUACCGCCGGUAUGCAGAAACACUCUUUGACAUCCUGGUGGCCGGCGGGAUGCUGGCCCCAGGCGGGACGCUCUCUGAUGACAUGACCCGCACUGAGUACUGCCUUUUCACGGCACAGGAAGACCUGGAGACAAUGCAAGCAUAUGCUCAGGUUUUUAACAAGCUGAUCAGGCGCUACAAGUACCUGGAGAAAGGUUUCGAAGAGGAGAUCAAGAAGUUGCUGCUGUUUCUAAAGGGGUUCACUGAGUCUGAGCGCAACAAACUCGCCAUGCUGACCGGCAUCCUGCUGGCCAAUGGCAGCAUAUCAGCCUCCAUCCUGAGCAGUCUCUUCAACGAGAACCUCGUCAAAGAGGGCGUAUCUGCAGCCUUCGCUGUCAAACUGUUCAAGUCAUGGAUCAACGAGAAGGACAUCAACUCUGUUGCCGCCAGUCUCCGCAAAGUCGGCAUGGACAACAGGCUGAUGGAACUCUUUCCUGCCAACAAACGAAGCUGCGAGCAUUUUUCUAAGUACUUCACCGACGCCGGGCUGAAGGAGCUGUCCGACUUCGCCCGCAACCAGCAAUCCAUUGGCGCCCGUAAGGAGCUGCAGAAGGAGCUCCAGGAGCAGAUGUCCCGAGGUGACCCCCUGAAGGAGAUUAUCGCCUUCACCAGGGAGGAGAUGAAGAAGGCCAACCUCUCUGAGCAAGCCAUGAUCGGCAUCAUCUGGACAAGUGUGAUGAGCUCCGUGGAGUGGAACAAGAAGGAAGAGCUGGUGACCGAACAAGCCAUCAAACACUUGAAGCAAUAUAGCCCUCUGCUGAAAGCCUUCACCUCCCAGGGUCUGUCUGAGCUCAGCCUCCUGCUGAAGAUCCAGGAGUACUGCUAUGACAACAUCCACUUCAUGAAGGCCUUUCAGAAGAUCGUGGUGCUCCUCUACAAAGCUGAUGUAUUGAGCGAAGAGGCCAUAUUGAAGUGGUACACUGAAGCCCACCUUGCCAAGGGGAAGAGUGUUUUCCUCGAGCAAAUGAAAAAAUUUGUGGAGUGGCUGAAGAACGCAGAGGAAGAGUCAGAAUCGGAGGAAGAGGAGGCGGACUAAAACCUCAAUCGCCAGACAAGCUUUUUUUUUUUUUUUUUUUUUUCUUUUUCUUCCCCUUCUAUUUUCUGUAAAGAGUAGGAGCAGGAGCAGUAGAAUGUCUUUCCCCUUUUUCCUUCUACCUCCUAUUACAGUUAAUUUAUCCCCAAACACAAACUUCCACCAAUACCAAACAUUUAAAGGUUGCCCAGACAAAAUGGGGAGAUAAAGGGCUCGGUCCUUAACUCGCAACACUGUGGGCAGCGGGAGCAGAAAAUGACACAUUCUCUCCUCCUUACUCUUAAUGGUUUUGUUUUUAUUUUGGUCAUUAUCAUGCUUUCUGUAAUUUGGAUUUUUUUUUUUUUUUAAAUCCUGUGGUCUUUGGUGGACGCUGCUCGUAUGAAUCUGAAAUUCACCUUCAUGCGACUACAAGGUUAACACACUUCAGCCAAAGUCUUUUCUUCCCCCUCAUGAAUUUUUUCUCUUUUUAAAAAUUGACUCGGCUCAUGUUUUGGCUCCUGUUCGGUCUUAAACUUCGCCUUUUUUCUUGACUUUUCGGGUAAACCUGUACUACCUGUCGAGGUCGCUUCAGUCAGUCCGUCAGAAGACACACACACACACACACACACACACCCCCCCCCUGUAAGA